UAUAUACGAUCUUAAGGAUUUGUAACGUCUAUCGGCACAUUAGUGAAACUUAGAUUAUUGCGUAUAUGUACAACACAUACAAUAUUAUAAUAUAAAUAGUUAUUCUGUUAAGUAGUUUUUCAGAAGGAAGAACAAAAAAUUUAAUUAAAGUCAGUUAUCAUCUGUUUCUAGUUCGUUCGCAAUAACAAGUAUCUUAGCAUUUGAAUAAUAACCAAUAUUACAUUUAAUUUAUUUUCAUUAAUUUAUCCUUCGUUUUGCUUAUUCAUCGAUAAAUUAUAAUUAAACAUUGUCAUGCAUAUGACAUGAGAAAGAUAUACAGCUAUAAGAAGAUAUAUGACACUACGUAAUUUAAGAUUUCAAAUAUUGUCAUUGAAUAUUAUUAAUAUUAUUUUUAAUAUUAUCGAAUAAUUCUGUUCAACUAACGUUUAUUAGAACGAUCAUCAUGUGUACUUCAAUAAAAAAGAAAAAUACAGAGAAUACGUUAUUUGAAAAAGGGAAAAAAUUAUUUUUGGAAAUUUUAAAAUGCAUUGUUAUUCAAUUACAUUGUAUAUUUGAUUAUGUGAUAGAUUUUAUAUUUGGUUUAUAUUAUGAUCAAAAAGCAAAGAAAGUAUCUGCCGUGAAAAAUCCUUUGUUGUUGGAGAGUGCCACAGCGUUAGCAGAGAAGAUACGAACAAAGCAAGUUAAGGCUGAAAAAGUUGUAGAAAGUUUUAUCGAAAGAUGCAAAGAAGUUAAUACAUUGAUCAAUGCGAUUGUAGAAGAAAGAUAUGCAGAUGCACUAAAGGAAGCAAGAGCAAUUGAUCUUGAAUUAAAGAAUUAUGAGAAUAGUUUAUUAUUAAAAGAAACAAGACCAUUUUUAGGAGUUCCAUUUACAACUAAAGAGAGCAAUGAAGUAGAAAAUUUACAUCAUACUAUGGGUAUGAUAAGUCGUCGACAGCACCGUUCAAUGUCUGAUGCAACAGUAGUUGCUCAUUUGAAAAAAGCUGGUGGAAUACUUAUUGCAAAAACGAACAUUCCUGAACUUAAUUUGUGGGUUGAAUCGAGAAAUAACCUCUAUGGUCAGACAUGUAAUCCUUACAAUAUAACAAGAACUGUUGGUGGAAGUAGUGGUGGUGAAGGUGCUAUUAUCGCUGCAUGUGGUUCUGCAUUUUCUAUUGGAAGUGAUAUCGGUGGAUCUACUAGAAUGCCAGCAUUUUAUAAUGGAGUUUUUGGAAUGAAACCUAGCGAAGGAAUGACAUCCUUAAAAGGUAUUGGAUUAAGAGACAGAUAUUAUUCAGACUCUAUGGCAGAGGCAGGUCCAAUCUGUAAAAAGGCUGAAGACUUGGCACCGUUUUUAAAAGUUUUGGUUGGGGAUAAAGCAUGUAAAUUAAAAUUAGAUGAGCCAGUCAACUUAAAAAAUUUGAAGAUAUUUUAUCAAUCAGAAUCUGGUGACAUUAGAGCAAGUAAAGUGAAUUAUGCAAUGCGUGCUACAUUAAGAAAGGCAGUGGAUCAUUUUGAAGAAAUAGCUAAAUCUGUAACCAAGAUCAAGAUACCUGGAUCAGAAUAUAGUUUUAGAUUAUGGAGAUAUUGGAUGACUCAAGAAGAUACAGAUUUUAAAGCUGAUAUAACAAAUAGAACGUCUCGUGCAAAUGCAGUAUCUGAAAUACGGAAAUUUGUUUCGGGAACGUCCGAGAUAACAUUUGCCGCGUUAUUAAAAUUAAUAGACGAAGAUUUGUUACCAAAAGAAGAUCCUGAAUGGGCUAGAAGUGUUACCAUUAAUAUGAAGAAAUAUUUAUUGGAUAUUUUACAUGAAAAUGGAGUCUUGUUUUAUCCUUCCGCUCCAUCUCCUGCUGUUUAUCAUUACUCUUCAUUUCUUAGACCAUAUAAUUUUGGUUAUUGGUGUCUAUUCAAUGUGCUUAAAUUUCCUGUAUGUCAGGUUCCUCUUGGAUUAGACUAUGACGGAUUGCCUGUAGGUAUACAGGUUAUUGCAGCUCCAUAUAAUGAUCAUCUAUGUAUUGCUGUAGCAAAAGAGCUUGAACGUGCAUUUGGUGGCUGGGUGCCACCCUCCGUUUGAUUUUCCUUCAUAAAUGAUAAAAAUUUUUAAAGAAUCAUAUUUAAUACUUAAUUUUUAAAUUAACAUAAGGUGAUUUGUCUUCCAAGGGUUAUGUUUUCAUCAGAUAUUAAAAAAAUUUGUUUGAAUUUUCUUUGUAAAUCAUCAGGUUUUAUGGUUAUGGAGAAACAUUAUUUAUUAAUUUGCAUUUUUUUUUUAAUUUUUACAUUAGAUUUUAUAUCGUAAUGCAUAUAAUGUUGUUAUAAUA